GCAUCGCCACCACCUUUCUCUUUCUUCUUUUUCUUUUUCUAUGUUUGUUCCUCAGGAAAUGAAAUGAAAUGAUUGUUUGGUUUCCUAAUAGGUGGGGUGUCGAAACAGAAGUACAAAAGUGCAGUAAGGGACUGAGGUCUGAGAAUUAAUGCGAUUGGUGAGUCUCCGCAGCUUCCAAAUUCCGGCGAUCUCUUCCUGAUGAUAUUGCAGCAGCAGGCUAAUGGCUCAAUCAGCGGGUAGCAGUGGUGGAAAAAGGCUUGUCCAAGUUGAUAUCAGUUCUGACACGGUAUGCCCCUGGUGCUUUGUGGGGAAAAAGAAUCUUGAUAAGGCGAUUGCUUCUUCACAAGAUCAGUACGACUUCAAGAUUAAGUGGCACCCAUUUUUCCUAAAUCCUUCUGCUCCCAAGGAGGGUGUUAAUAAGAAAGAAUUCUACAGGAACAAAUUUGGAUCUCAAUCGGAGCAAAUUGCGACCAGGAUGACUGAGAUCUUUAAGGGUCUUGGGAUGGAUUAUGACAUGUCUGGACUUACGGGAAAUACCCUGGACAGCCACAGGCUCUUGUACCUUGCUGGACAGCAGGGGCUUGAGGAGCAACAUAAGCUUGCUGAGGAGCUUUUCAUUGGUUACUUUACUCAAGGGAAGUAUAUAGGUGACAGGGAAUUCCUUUUAGAGUCUGCAAGAAAGGUCGGGGUAGAAGGAGCAGCCGAGUUUCUUGAGGAUCCAAAUAAAGGACUAAAGGAGGUUAAUGAAGAGCUUCAUCAGUUCUCAGCAAAUAUCUCAGGAGUUCCACAUUAUGUGAUCAAUGGGAAGUAUCAGCUGAGUGGUGGCCAACCUCCUGAGAGCUUUCUCAGAGCUUUUCAAAUGGCUGCUGCUGAUGCCUCCUAGUUCAAGACAAACUUCAUGUUGUUCCUUGAUCUGAGUACUGCCAAUGCCGCCAACGUCCUACCAAAAAUAUGUGCUUUAUCACCUCUCCUUCCUCGUUGGUGUGCUUUUAUAUUGAAGGUCAAGAGUGAGAAUAAAUGCAGUAUCAGUCAUGUUUACUCGUGAUAGCAUCAUCACCUUUUACGUAAAUUGGCGAGUAUCUUACCAUGUCAUAGAUAUUCUGUGGAUUUCAGAAAUGAUAAUAUGGACAAGAAAUUGUAAACAUCAGUAUAUUUUUGCCUCGACUAUACUAAAUAGAAAGACCUUUUGAUUCUCGCUGACGGUA